GUAAUGAAGGCCUUUUAUAUUUCAUUCAUUAUCUUAAGUGCAAUAUUUCCAAUUUACUGUUUUCCUGAGGGUCGUGGUGGACAUGAAUCAGUACAAGUAAAUAAUAAAUUAUAUUUUAUGGGAGGCUCUCGCCUAAUUCCUAAUUCAAAUCUGAAAAGAUAUAAUUUAUCGGAUGAAGUAUUUUAUUUAGACCUUUCAUCACAAUUUGAUACUGAAAAUCCACCAUUUGUGGAUCUUACCAAUGGUACUUCACGAAUGUUUUAUGGAAACGAAAAAGGAGCUGCAGUUCUUGGAGGAUCUAAUCGAUCUGACAUAUACUUGAUCGGUGGAACGCAAUUGAAUUUUUCAAUGGUAAAUUGGAACGCCACGGAUCAAAUAAAUUGGAACGCUACAGACCAAUUUAUUUACAUUUAUAGAACUUCCGCUAACAUCUGGACAAAGUUUGAACAAGGAGUUAAAGGAAUUCAGCCUUCAAGACGUAGAUCAACUUCGACAGUAAUCAAACCUAAUGGAACAAUAUAUAUAUUUGGCGGGAGGAUAGAAAAGGAUAUGGCGUCAGACAAUCUUACUUUAUAUAAUGAAUUAUAUGAAUUUGAUACAAUAUUAUUGUCAUGGAUUCAAAUAGUGGCAGACAAUGCUCCUUCACCCCGAAGCCAUAGUACCGCAACAUUGCUUCAGAAUGGAAAAAUUGUUUACAUUGGUGGUGUUUCUCAGGACAAACCUGGAAGCCAGACUAAUUUAAUUAUUAUGACAGAGAUCCGAAUUUUUGAUACGACUUUUUUAUCCUGGUCAUCGCAUACUGCAAACGCUCCAUUUCCAAUCCAACCACGGGUCGGACAUACGGCAGUAUUAGCACCAGAUAAUAAUUCAAUUAUUAUAAUGGGUGGUACUUCAAGUUAUCAGUUAAUGCAAACAACUGUUACUCCGAAUUUGCUAAAAUUGGAUAUUAGAUCUGAGCCUUAUCAAUAUUCUAUAUUACAAACUUCUGGAAAUAAUCAACCACCUACACUAUCGUUUCAUACUGCCAAUAUAUAUUCGGAUUAUAUGAUCGUCGCUUUUGGAAAUAUAACAAAUGGUGCAACUGAUUCAAAUGAAACCAGUUCAAAGGUCUAUUUGUUAUACAUUCCAUGCUUAACUUGGGAAUAUACUUUUGUUCCUAAUAGAUCAGACUGUAAGAAUAAAGAUGAGAAUAAUCAUGGAUUGAUUAUUGAUAUCGUUAUUCCUAUCGGUUGUUUAAUAAUUAUUGGUGCAAUAAUAUUAUAUUGUUUGUACAGACGUAAGAAUGAAAGAUGUAAAGACUUGGAUUGCUUUAAAAUUUGGCAUAGGAAUCAAAAUCAAACGCAAAAUACAAAGCCUGUUGAACAGCCUACACGUACUGAAUCUCUUACAGGUUACGCUGAUUAUGUCAUUCACUUGGCCGUUCAUAUGCAAGGCGUCAGACCCGGGCAUAUUGGUGAAAUAAAUAUUAAUAUAAUGAAUACAAAUACCUUGUAG